AAACGGGUAAAAGAAAAACAGGAAGAGAGAGAGAGGAAGAAGAAGAUCGAAGAAGAUGGGAGGAGGAAUGGAAACGAACAAGAACAGGUUCAUAGAGGAGUGGGGAAGCGCGAGGGAGAACCUGGAGCUCAACUUCAGGUGGACCCGCCGCAACUUUGCUCUCGUUGGCUUAUUCGGCAUCGCCAUCCCCAUCCUCGUCUACAAGGGCAUCGUCCGAGAUUUCCAUAUGCAAGAUGAGGAUGCAGGACGGCCACACAGGAAGUUCCUUUGAGUGUUCUUCGUUGUGGCACAGUUUCCAUUUCCAUUUAAUAAAUAAUGAAUGGCAGUGAUCAGUGAAACUGAGCUUCGGAUUCCUUCAGGAGGACCACAAGCGUGUCUGUGUUUUACACUAUCAGGAACUCGUUUGUUUUCUGCUCUCAUAAAUUUUUGUGGCAAGUUAUUUGUGGUUUACUUCAAUGUUUAAAUACUAUAUGCUAGCAAUAAGUUGAUGGAUUGCUGUGCUUCAUUUAUUAAAAAACAUAUAUGAUGUUUAUACUCUGUGUUUACAUUUUA